AUGUUGAGGCAAAAUUCUCCUACAGCAAACCGACAAGCAUCGCGCAGACGUCUUGGAGGCGCUUGUAAGGCCUGCCAUAACCGGAAAGUGAGGUGUAGCCUGGCCAGGUCUGGCCCACCCUGCACAAACUGCUCCUUGGAUGACAAAGAAUGCGAGCCUCGAGUUCGCAAAUCACAAAAGUCAGUCGGACCCUCUGCUCAACAAGCGCACUCCAGGACAUCCGCCUCGGCUACCCUUUCGCGACAAGCGUUGCCGGAGUCAUUCAGUCUCUUUGGCAAUUAUGACCAAACAGAUGAUUCCAUAACCGUUGUUCCAUCACUAGAACUAGAGCUAGACGCACGUCCGGCGACCAGUGACUCCUAUCGUACUGGCCUAGGGAUCAACAGUAUCGGGAAGCCAGGCGACUUAUUGAGAGGCCCAGAUGGCACCUCUGCCAUUGCUUCCGAGGCCGUAGUAGCCUGCAGUGAGAGGUCAAAUGCGUCAUGCUCCAGCAAUUAUCGCCCAUUCCCGUCGCAUUUCAGCCACUUUGAGGAAGACGACGCGCUGAACACAGACUCACUCCCAGCUGAUACGCCCAUAAUUGGGGUUGACAUCCAUAACUCUACCAUAGGUGAUCCCGCUGGCGUUUGCGCAAUCGCAAACAUUUGUGAGCCGGAAGGAGCAGAUAAGAGCGGCCACUUUCUUCUCCCAAAUGGUAUAGUUGCCUCACUCGAUCCGGAAGAUCAAGAAUACUUGCGACGCAAGGGGGCAUUCGUAUUCCCUGAAGCUCGGGUUCGUGAUAGCUUGGUUCGAGCAUACUUCCAUUAUGUCCAUCCGUUUUUUCCCAUUAUCGACGUUCAAGACUUUCUUCCCAAACAUGAAAGCGCCACACUCGAUAGGGUUAGCGCUCAUCUGUUAUGGUCCAUGUACCUCGCAGCAUGCAACUUCUUGGAGGAGGACGUAGUUCGGGCAGCCGGAUAUGCAACUAGAAAGGAAAUGAAGCGCUCGAUAUAUCGAAAGGCAAAAGCUCUAUACGACAUGCAACACGAAAAAGACAGAACCACAUUGAUACAGGCUGUGCUGCUGAUGGGCUUUUACUCAUCCGACACUGAAGAUAAGACAGGUCCGUGGCAUUGGAUCGGAGUCGCUAUCGGUCUAAGUCAGACAGCCGGACUACAUCGAAACCCUCACUCCACGGCAAGUCGUAUACCGCAGCACCGUCAGAGACUCUGGCGUCUUAUCUGGUGGUCAUGCGUCCAUCAAGAUGUAUGGUUCUCCGUUGGUAUGGGCAGGCCAGUACGUAUCAACUUGGACGAUUGCGACACUCAACUACCAGUCGCUGCUGAUUUGGAUGCGCUAGCAGUAGGUGUUCCGGACACACUUCGCGAAAAGUACCUUCCAGCUGGCAUGCCCGACUUGUCCAAGCUCUUUGUUGAGUUGAUAAACCUCGCAAUCAUCCAAUCAAAUAUACUAUCAACGCAUUACCGAGCUCGCCAGAUUAGGCCGAGUAUAGCCGAUGUGGUGGAGGUUGAGAAGCGAAUAUCAACAGUAAAUAGAAAAGCGAGCUGGUUCAUAAGCUCCGAGAAUCUUAUGGUUUACUAUCACGCCUGCCAUCUGACACUGUUUUUACAAUCGGUUCUAAUUGUCUUGUACCGGCCGUAUCUUCUGAGCUUGUCCCAGAAACAUUCAUCCAGCCUGUCUCAGGAAUGGUACUCAUCAAUAGAGCGGAAAGCCCAGGUGGCUGCUGCAGGAUUUAACAAGAUCCUUGAGGCCCUAAUAACUGCAGACAUGAUUUUGGCAUGUCAGAGUAUUGUUUGCAUUGCGCUCGUGCCACCUAUGCAGUUUCAUCUCCUGAAUUCGACAUCGAGCAAACCACUCAUAGCGACGCUGGGACAACACAGCCUCGACUUGUGUAUGCUUGUCGCUAAUGAACUACGCAAGACGUACUUUGGAGCAUCACUUUUACAUCAGCUAUUCUCCCAGGCACAGACUCAAAUAAGAAAUCGGCAGGCCCUGCAAGAGGCACCAAAGGGCACUCGUUUAGCCAUGACGAACCUCGAGACGCAGACGACGUGCUUAUCGCAUGGCCCGAUACAAAGCCAGGAUUUCACAGAUACAGCCAUCAUAAGGAACCUCGGCUCUGCUUUUACAGGGUUCGAAGGUGACCUUGAUGCAGAUGAGUACGUAUAA